UGCCUUGAUGGCGUUGAGGUUCUCCGCACAUUACGCUGGUCCACUCUUCUCGCAUGGUUGCUUCCAGACAUCCUCGCCCGGGACAAACAAACAAGUCGAACAAGCAUUCAGGGACAUCGACGCUACUCUUAGCCCACCCUUCUCUGCAGAUGCCAUUUGGGAGGCUCUAACUGCUUUGCGCGAUCAAGUUCUCGUGAGCAGGCAUCAAGGCGACAAAGCUUCCGAUGAGAUACGAGCCGUUCUCUUGAAGAAAGUCGUGCUGGGUUUGUACGCCAGAUCUCUGGACUUGUUUCUUGACGAGGCCAGCACCGCACAAGAAGACUCCGAAUGGUGGUCAGAAACCGAACAAUCUAAUCUGUCUGCUGCACUAUACUUAUUGCAGACAUUUCCUCAUCGUGUUUUGAAGGUGCUUCAAGUACUCAAAAUCCAUCAAAGCGUCCCUCAGACGUCGGCAUUGCAUCUUCCUCGCAUUCGCAGUAUUUUCUUUCCUAAGAAUCCAUGGCAACCUAGCGUAUUCAUGACCACAUUCUUUCCUCAUCUUGGAGCCAAUUCACCUACUUCGGUUCGCUCUCAUUCUGCAGGAUCCUUCCGCAUUGACUCUAGACGCCCUGCAUUGACGUACUUUGAAUUCUUGCAUGAUACGCUCUGCCGUUAUACAUCGAAGUUUAUUGCUAUUGUGACUUAUCCCCUUCGUUUGGCUCGCGAGGAGUGCUACAUAAAGCGCCGUGAAAACGAGAGGAUUCGUAAUGAACGAGCUGAAGUACUCGGGAAGCUCCUAGGAUUGCGGCCGAAGUUAACCUGGUUGUUGGACGCCCCGAAUGUUGAGGAAGAUGUUUCAGUCGACAGCGAGUUUCUCCUCGAGUUUUCAAACGCCGUCGACCCCACCACGUCCGACAGACUCUUGGAAAAUAGCGUGCCCUCGCUUCUUGAAGGAUUAUACAACGCGGUCUUUGUUACACAACCAGGGGGUCAUUCUUCGUACCUCAAUAGCGAGGACCUUCGACGUCCGUCGAAGCUUACUCUUCUGUGGCCACGGUUAUUGUUCCUACCACCGCUAACAUUGUACUGUCUCAAAAUUUUGUACGCAUCUCGAGCAUCACUAAUCGACAUGGCCCAAGACGCGAUCGAGACCUCGAAGAAUUUCCUUGAGGACUGGUUGUUAGAACCCCUCUAUGGGGUCUACCGGACUAUCAGGGCCGGUGGAGAUGAAGCUAUGAUCGUCCGACCGGAGUCCAUAGCUGCCGACUUCGAUUCUCUCGAGAGGAUGAGUCUUGCGUUGGCAGGAGAAAAACUAGGUUAUGAUCAACAGCAACUUGCUACUCUCUCACAGCAGAUACGACUUGGUGAUUUUACCCCGCUCCUUAAGAUUUACGAAGAAGAUAUCAAAUACCCCGUCAAGUCAGCUUUGACCGGGACUUUGCUGAGAUCCCUAUUCAUACAGGUACAGAAAGCAAAGGUCGACAUUGAUCAAGCUUUAGGAGGGAUCGAUAAAUUGCUCAAAUCCCAAGAACUGACCUUUGCUUUCGUUGGUGUUGCACCCGCGUUCGCGAUUGUAUAUACUGUAGGGGGCUCCCUCGUUCGACUCCUUUUCGGUAAACGUGCAAAAUAUGGCGGUAAACGCAAGAGGCAGAGUGUCUGGUUGGCAGUGCGGAGAAUCGAGCGCCUUCUUCUUUUCCAACCAAGGUCUUCGGGCAGGCACGGUGACGAAGAUCGGUCCUCAGAUGUCAUUCCACCACUAACCUCGGGAUUGCUUGUCCUAUCUCUGACACAUCUCCGCAAUUAUGCACUGACAUCCCUCCCUGCACGGUCGCAGCCGCGCGAAGGGUUCUUAGAGGAUGUUCGCGACCUUGAGGAUCCCAGCCUGGGACGGUGGGAGAAAUUGCGUGUACUGGACAGGAUGUGGAGAAACUGGGCGAAUGAGCUUGGAUGGCAACAAAUGGCUGGAGAGUCGGCAUCGUAGUCCGUCCAUCUUUGUACUGAGAUCUCCACUGCGCUCGUGAGUAGCCAAACAAAUGAUCCAUUACAUCCUAGGA